CCUUUUCACUAAUCCUCUGUCGAGGUCUGCCACACACACAUCAGUAUCCGCCUCGUCACCAUUAAAUGAAGCAACGCAGAAAUUAAUUACAUUCAGCUCGUGUGUAUUGAUGUUCUACGGAAUUACGCGUCAUACUUCCAAAAAUUAGCUAUAACAGUAGGUCGUCACCAAAGAUGUCUCUGAUAGUAUUGCCGAAUGAUGAACACCAGUCGGGUCUCCAAGAAGCCUCGCCUCUCGCAGGCGAUGCCAGCGACAGGUCCCCGUCUUCCGACAAUGGCGCCAUUGCUAUGCGUCGUGAGGCUUCUCCCCGCCUCCAGACAGCUAUAGAAUUCUCUGCUUCCUGUAGCGAUGGCAGCAAUAGUUAUCAGUAUCAGACCGUCCAGCCAAUCAGAGGCAGACAUGACACAGCUGAAAGAACUGUAGUCCCGCAAGAAGUCAGGGCAGGAACAACGGAACAAAAUGCAUCUUUGGAGCGCCAUGUUGUCACUAUUCAAACGCUACCCAACACAGCGUGGAGAAUGGCUUCUACCCAACUGGAGCGAGACUACAAGAAGUCGGCCUGUGAUCGCGAGCGAACAAGGAUGAGGGAUAUGAACCGAGCCUUCGACCAACUGAGAGAGAAGCUGCCAUUGUGCAAGCCACCGGGGAAGAAGCUGUCCAAAAUAGAGUCACUCAGGCUGGCUAUCAGGUACAUUCGUCACCUACAAGCCCUGCUGGAGAUAGGUCCCGAUAUGACUGUAGAAGCUUGCGGUUCCCGGUUCUCUACCCAACAGCACAGUGUAAUCACGUGGCCAGACAUGACUAGGGAUCCAUAUUAUUACACAUAUCAUGUGGACACCCUGCCUCCAACAUAUCAACUACCUGGCACUAUGGCGUACCACGGAUCUGGUGAAUACAGCAUGAUGUCUACAGCUUCUCCUCAUCCACAGUGUGGUCUGACGGCAGUUGACUGCCACCAAGAGGACCUGGCAGCUACGGGGUUCAAGGAAGAACCACCAGCAAUGUAUUGGCAUGCAGACUCCUCGGAGGCAAUGUAUUCGCCUUGCAUGACACCAGAGUACCAGCUGCAGUAUUGAUUAAGGAAAGCCACAGACUCUCAUAUCUCGUCUUUUUAAACAUUUAUUUAUCAGUGUUCUAUUGUACCAGAGAUAACGACAGAUUAAUUAUAUUUUGGUAAUUUAAUGAGACCCAAUAAUACCGCUACAGCCCUGCCCAUUGAACAUUAAUGUGGGGGCAGAAUAUGGGGGAAAAAUUUAUUCUUCUGGACAUGUUUAUAGGAUGUGAUAUAGUACCUUUCGUGCGCCUAAUAUGUGAAGUGAUUUAAAUUUUAGUCACGUUACUGCGGAUACUGCCGCUUUGAAGGAUAUGCUGCCUCCAUCUUCAGGGUUUGAUUGUGUGUGAUGAGGAAUAUGUUCAGUUAUGUAGGGAAUUUUUAAGGAAUGUGGUUAUUCAGGCCUAGGGGAAAGGUUGAGGAAAUUAAGCUGGAUCAUGGCCAGUGGAAAUGGUAAGCAAGAAAUACGUUAGCAGAUAAUUGUAUGUAUUGCGUGGAUAUCGCAUCAUGUUGGUUGCCGAUGUGAAAUAACAACAAUAUGGAAGUAUAUCUAAAAUAAAGUAUAUUAGCCCCAA